AUGUCCGACGAAAAGAAAUUGCCUUGGGGCAUAAAUUCAACUAAACCUGGUUCUGCUAAAGCUUUAACUAAAAAUAAGCUUCAAGCAUUUAGUAUUGGAACACAUAAAAAAACACCGUUUCAGAGACAUAAGGAGGAACUUGAAUUAAAGAAGAAG